ACAAUUUCCUCUUCCGCAAUUCAAAAAUAAUAUGUUGAAUCUGUUGAGAGGUACCUUAUUUACCUACCUCCUAUCUAAUUUCAAAUUAACAAUGGUACACCGUACACAUCUAUUUUAUAGCUUAUGGUCGCAUUCACUCGAACGAAACGUACUGACGAGGAACUACGGACGCUCGUUUUGAUGUCGUUUAAUAUCGGACAUCCAGAACGAGUCUGUUGAUUUUGUAAUUUUUAUUAACCUUUAAUUAGGUAUUCUUUUUUUAUUUGAAAAUGUCAUUUUUAAGAUAUACUUUCGUAGUUAUCCAAAUCAUUACAAUUGUCUUGUCACAGAAAGUCAGUUCUAGAAAUAAACAAAACACUGCUAUUUCUCAAGAUACUACUUAUAAAUUAUGUCAUAUGGGGAUUGAACAACAUUUUAAACCAAUCUUAGAUGAAAUGUUAAUUGAAAGAGUAGUUGGAACAAAUAAUCACGAAUUUAUAAAAACGUAUAUUGCGGAGGAAAUGAAGAAUAAUGGUUGGGCAGUGGAACUAGAUGAAUUUAAAGCUUCCACACCAAAAGGCGUGUACAAUAUGACUAACGUUGUGGCUACUCUAAACCCCAUGGCUGAUCGGUAUAUAGUUAUUGCAUGCCAUUAUGAUUCAAAAUUAAUGGAUUUUUAUUUUGUCGGCGCUACUGAUUCAGCAGUGCCUUGUGCUAUGAUGUUAUACAUGGCAGAAUCAUUAAACCAACGACUUGAAGCCUUUAAAAAUACUCCUUUAAGCUUGAUGAUGGUAUUUUUCGAUGGGGAAGAAGCUUUUGAGGAAUGGUCAGAUUCAGAUUCUCUUUACGGUUCCCGACAUUUAGCUUCAAAGAUGGAAAAUACCAAAUUUCUACAUAAUGGUCGACAAUUAAAUCAAUUAUAUAGAAUUGAAUUUUUAAUGCUAUUAGAUUUGUUGGGCACAAAAAAUCCAAAAUUCUAUAACUAUUUUUUAGAAACUGCUGACCUUUAUCGAUCUUUGAUAAAAUCUGAAACAAUCUUAAACAAAACCGGUUGUCUGAUUGAACAUACUGAUACCUAUUUCCGUCCAAUGUCUGCGUUUGUUAAAAUUGAUGAUGAUCAUAUUCCAUUUUAUCAAAGAGGAAUUGAAGUAGUCCAUAUGAUUCCAAAUCCAUUUCCAAAAGUUUGGCAUAAGAAAAGUGAUAAUAAAGAUGCAUUGCACAUGCCAACAAUACUGAACUUAAUAAAAAUUGUUCAAGUAUUUAUAGUUAGUUAUUUGGAAACACAGUGAAAAAUCUUAUUUUCUUUCUUCCUAGUAUCUCAUUUAUAAAUUAAAAAGAAAAUUUAGCUAAGCUAAAAUUAAGAUUUUUUUUUAUAUUUUUUUAAUGUUGAUUUUGUUUUUACUGAUUCCAAAUUAUACAUUCACAAUACAUUUAUUUAUUAUAUAUUAUAUAUACUUAUCUGUAUGAUUGUUGGAAAUUAAAAUAUUAU